UCCCACUAGGCCAUCUUCAAAUUUGUCGAAGAUAAGAUAAGUCGAUUGUGUUUAUUCGCAAAGUUUGCAGGAUAGAAAAAAAAAAUAUGACGCUGCAGAUUGGUUUAUGGGUUUGAUUGGAGGCUUAAUUUUAUCAUACUUAGUGAUUGCGGGAGGCGUUAUCAAGUGUCUCCGAGUGAUAGAUUUAACAACAGACGAUUACGAAUUGUCUUGAAAUAAAUCGUUGACGGAGUAUUCCUUCUCAAUCGAUUAUCACCAGCAAGUGCAUUUAGACAUUGUUUCAUCUGUGCACAUCACUUAUUGUCAGAAGGAUAAAUCAUUAUGAAAUUCGCGCUCGUUUUUUUCGCAAUUUUCGUGCUAGCUCAUGGAGUCCAGGGCAGACCAUGCGAUGAAGACUCCUCGGCGUCCUCGGAGGAAAGAAUUGUACGGGUACCAGAGUCAAAACCAGUACCCGUGGAAGAAGAAGACUCAGUCUCGGUAGAAGACUCGGGUUUCAAGCCUAGCAAUAUCAUUGACGGACCUGUCGUUUGCCCGGAAGGUCAGAAACCCGAUCACAAAGGAAAGUGCCGUGAAGUUUGGGGCAGAAAAGCCCCAAGUCUGGAGUAGAUAAAAUUCUUUCUUUAUCAGUGCUCUCAAGUGUGCAGUUUGUUGAGCAGUCUUGCAUCGUUCAUCAGGUGAUCAGUUCGAAAUCAUUGUUUGUCAUCAAACAGUAUUGUUAUGAACAUUCGUGCCAUGGUUAUAAUUGACUGAAGCUGCCAAUAAAAUACAAUUUGUCUGGUGAGAAA